CUCUUUAGUGCGGAAGAGUGCGGUUUGGGACGGAGCCGAAACCCGGACCGUACUCUUCCGGUUGGUGGAGGAAAAGCAGGAGUGUGUAUCAUAUGUGUGUGUGUGUGUGUGUGUGUGUGUGUGUGUGUGUUUGUGAAGUUAAGAAGGCCAAGCGGGGGGAAGAAGACACCCGGCUGUGCCAGAAAUGGCUCGCUUUGGUAACAAGCUGAGCUGCUACUCCAUUGCUCAGCUGUCGGAGCUCCUCGAAGAUGACGAAAAGCUCAACAAAAUAGUGCUGGACCUGGAAGAGGUGCAGGAGUUGCAGCAGAAUAAGAAAGUGAUCCUGGCCAGCAACCGAGGACUGGCUGAGCAGAACCUCGUGCUGCAGCCCAGAUUAGACCAUCAGAAAAAUGAGCUCACAAAGUGCUACCGCUGCCUCCAGGAACAAUUCGAGGCCUUCCAGCUUCGCAAGUCCACACUAGACCACAAGUCUGGCAACACAUCCUUGGACACAUUGCUUGCAUUGUUGCAGGCAGAAGGAGCCAAAAUUGAGGAAGAAACUGAGAAUAUGGCUGACUCUUUCCUUGAUGGCUCUGUACCCCUGGAUGGCUUUGUUGACGAGUACCAGAGCAAACGCAAACUGGCUCACAUGCGGAGGGUGAAGAUCGAGAAGCUACAGGAACUGGUGCUGAAAUCGCCCGCAGUUGUCCAGGUUCCUCGUCAAACUGAACCAGUCUCCACACCUGUUCCCCUCCAGAGAGAGCCAGACAGUGCCCCAAUCCCACAGCCCAGACGAGCCCCUCCGCUUCCCCCCAUCAAAAAUCUCAGUGCUCAGUCUCAGCCAGCUCCAGUGGUGGCUUACCCUGCUUCCCCUUACCCACCGAUCCCACCCCGAGUGAGACAACCCCAGCCUGGGUACCCUUCUCUCUGCAUGCCACAGUACCCCCCACCAGUGCCCCAGAGAUCUGCCCCUCGGAUGGCUCCUCAACCGGGCUUCAUCUUACAGUGAUCUUCCGACUCUUUCGUCCACUUGGGAAGGAACAAUCUAUGCACUGGAUGUCCAGCUGUGCCUUUCUGAAGGUCCUCCUUCCUAAGAGUAUCACGUGCGGACAUGCUGGAUGUCUGUUUAAAUGGGGGUUGUCUAGACAUUUCUACAGUUUAAAAAGUAGCGUCAACAAUGGUACAUUUGUUUUAAUUCGCACUUUAGACUUUUGUUCUUCUGGCAUUGGGAUCUAAUACAAGAUGUCUGGCUAGCUUGCAUCUCACUCCUGACUUUGUGCUUCCCUUGGUUGUGUUAGGUGUAAAUUCAUUUCCUGUUGUUGUCAACUCCGGUCUGCUAGGAGCCCACUGGAAAUCAGAUGCAAGCUGAUAUGGUCGAGCUUUGUGUUUUGGUUUGCGUAUCUUGGCAAUUUUAUGUAACCUCUCAACUUUUUGUAUCUUCAAACAUUUCAUAUCUGGAAAAAAUUGAUUUAUCGCUGAUAAUGGUGAUGACGAUAAUGUCUAUGCAAACAGAGACCGAACUGUGUAGCGUGACUAUAAGGCGUAAAACCAUUUUUUUUCCUUUUACAUCCCAGGUUAUAUGCCCCAACAUGUAGCCAAAGAUGUGUUUGACUUACCAGAUUCAGUUCUAGUCUGAGUGCUUGACUGAAGUUGACAGCAGGAGUAUCCAGGUAGAUUAUAAGCAAUGAUUACGAUUAUUAUGGCGUCAGUGGAAUGCAAUGGUCUGAACGCGUGUUUGCCAUGGUGAUGAUAAUCCUACUCACGGUCUGAUUCAUGUUUGAGACUUAGCCCUCUACUGGCAGAUCCUGAUUAAUGGCGUCUUUCAGUUCAAGGCGAGGCUUAAAGGGAUACUUUGGCCAAACAAGUGUGCAUGGUUGAAUGGACACCAAAGAGUGGCAAGUUUUUUGACUAAGCCGUCUCAUUAAUCUACAUUCAACAGCAGUCAUAAUGUGAGUAAGGAAGGACAGAACUGAGCAUAUCCAUAGUGAUGGGAGACAGACCAGCACUCUGUAAGAAAAUUAAUCAUUGAACAGGUACAGAUUUGGUGAAUUAUGGUGCAUACUGGGAUGAAUCUCUCACUGUCACUGUGAGAGAUGUGAGUUUCUUGCACUGUCUUAUUGUGUACUAACACUGAAAAACUAACACUUUGACAUGUUCAUUAUUUACUUGUUAAUUAUUUGUAGAAUACAUAUUAAUGUGCAGACUUUUGAUUUCUGGUAAUAAAGGUGGUGCGCAAGUGCUUGCUUUAAUUUAAAUUGAAUAUUAACUACAUUUAGGAAAAUAUUAUUAAACAUAAAAAUAUAGUAAAUAUAAAGCUUGCAGCUUUCAUUUACAGCCAUACUAGCAUUGAUUUGUAAGACAAAAAAUUAUCUUUUCGAUGUUUGUGUGUGUAUUUUCUCUUUUAAAACCCAUCUGCGCCUGCAACUAUUUUUGUUUGUACCUGCCCGCAAUAUUUUCUAAUAAAUUCAAUUGGUUCGAUUUCCCAAAAUAGACACAGAUUAGUAAUGUAAACAACAGUGAACCUAGACAAACCAUUUACUGAAGACGAAUUAAUGCAGUAAACAUGUUACACAACACCCAACUAGGAACCGUGUCCAGUACAUUACUAUGUAAAUGAACAUGGCCUUUCUUUGUCUUCUGAGCUUCAUUUCAUACCACCUCAUUAACGUAAAAGCCGACCGCUCAUGCAAAUUUCCCAAUGCACACCUCUACUGUGAAAUAACUUGCAGUAGCCAUCUAAUGCCUGCAAGGUUGGACACCACCAUGGUCUCUUCAAACCUGUAAUCCGUAACUCAAGAUCUCUGAAUUACCAGGCUCCGAGUGUCACUUUUGCUUCCGCAUGCCAUCAAGUGUAUAAUUACAAGUGUCCUUAUAUGCUGAGGUUAUCAUACUCAAUGCUGCAUGGUUUUGGUCAUGUCUACAUUCAUGCAACUUGGGGUCGAACUCGUAUAACUAUGUCACAGAUUUCUAACCCUGGUCCUGUUUGCAAAUUUCAGUGUUUUCCCUGCUCUCAACACACCCGCUUCCACUUAAGGGCUGUUAAUUAGCUCAUGAGUUGAAUCGGAUGUGUUGGGAACAGUUAAAACACUAAAAUGUGCAGGGGGUACUCCAAGACCAUGGUUGGGAACCUGUAGUAUAUGCAAUAUGGAAUAAUGUGAAUGCAUGUGUUCUAAUAGCUGUGGUUCUAUAGACCUGACCCUAGAUCAGCUGACUUGCCCUAAGACAUAGGAACCUGUGCCCUAAGAUACCAGUUAAAUGCAGGAAUUAAAGUGCCUAGUGGUCUUAAAUGUUAAACAUGUUAAACAGUACACUGUUUCAUAGUCACAUAGACAGAAGAGAGCAGCUCAGCUUUCAUUUGUGAUCAUGGUGCCAUUCUGUUCCUCCAGAGCAACCUGACUCAAGUUUUUAUGCCAGCGCUUAUCACAAUGUUAUUUAAGGUUAUUCGGUGCACUUCAUGCUUGGAAAGGAUUGAUCGGUGGUCUUAAUCGCAAUGAAACGCUGACAUAGCCACCUAGCAGAGGCUCGUCAGCAUUCUUAAAAGAGCCAGCAUUUUCCCAGCAUGUGAGUUUGCGUAUUUUUGUACAUGGUUAUUUUUGGUUGAUGAUGAUCUAACAUGGCUGCUUGACCACAGUCAUCUGUACACUCCUAAUGUAAAAUAUACUGAUCAUUUUAUUGUAUUAGAUUGUCGUAUUGUUUGUUUGGGAAAUAGGUAAAAGUUGUCAGAUUGAUCCAUGUCUAUUUUAAGGAUAAUAAAGAAUAUGGUAAAAGAAUGGUAUUGGACAA